CAAAAAUUAGGCAAGAUAAGCAAUUGAAUGAUCAACCACCAAAAAAAUUUUAUUUACAUCCUCGAGUUCAAAUGUUAUGGGCUAAUAAGGAACGUGAACCGGAGGAUGAUAAUUGGUUCAUGGAAAAUAUUAGUAAAAGAAAUUUUUCUUUAUUUAGUGAUUUUUAUCCAACUUAUAAAUCUAAAUUUAUUUCAAACAAACGAAAUUUUGAUUUAAAUGAAGAGGAAAAUGUUCACUCUCAUGUUAAUAAGAAAAUUAAAUUAGAGAAGGAAAUGGUAAGUAUUUAUAUUUACAAUUUCUAUUUAGAUUACUCAAGCUGAUAAUAUACGGAACAAAAAUAGUAGGAACCAGUACGAUAUUGUUGAUUAACAUCAAUAGUCUCAGGGAAGCCAUUUGAGGUUCUAUAUCUCAACCAGAAGAGUCAGAAGGACUAAAUUCAGGGUAUAUUGGAUGGUAUAUAAUUAGGCUAGUUGCAUUUUAC